CCGCCUCCAUGACCCGCGGCAGACUACGCCGCUGCGCCCUCUCCUUCCGCCAUGACUGACAGGCCCACGGCCGUCCAAUCAAAGCCUGCACGCUCCUCAGCGCCCGUCUUGGCGGAGGGCGCCCGCCAGCCUCGCGGUUCUCGUGUGUGCGCUCUCGGUUGUUGCCAUGGCAGCGGCUGCGGGGACCUGGGCCUUUGCCUUCCCUGCCGUGCGGCGGAUGAAGCAGCUGCUGCUGCAGGGCGGCUUAGCAACGGACUGCCUCCAGGAGGCUAUGGCAGAUAUUGAGAAUGAUGAAGAGACAGGGAGCUUUGUAAUAGGACGGGGAGGCUACCCAAACAAAGAUGGUAUAAUCCAAUGUGAUGCAGCAAUAAUGGAAGGACAGCCUGGGCGCUUUGGAGCUGUAGCUGCUUUGCCUGGGGUUGGAACUCCACUUGCUGUAGCACGUAAAGUUAUGGAAGAGGCUCCACACAGUUUCCUGGUUGGGGAUGGUGCUGUGGCAUUUGCAGAAAACCAAGGCUUCAUUGUGGAAGAGAACAAUAGUAUGAUGAGUAAGCACAGUACUGAAGCUUAUCAGGAAUAUCUGGAAAAUGAAAGAAUGUUGAAGAAACAUGAUACAUUGGGUUUGAUUGCCUUGGAUAUCUAUGGAAACAUAACUGUUGGUGUUUCUACCUCUGGAGCACCUUUUAAAUAUCCAGGAAGAGUGGGAGAUUCUCCAUUGCCAGGAUGUGGCUUGUAUGCUGAUAAACAGGUAGGGGCUGCAGCAGCUACCGGUGAUGGAGACAUGAUUAUGUGCUUCUGUCCUUGUUUUCAUGUAAUCCUCCUAAUGAAAGAGGGCAUGUCUCCUAUGGAUGCAUGCCAGACUGUUGUCCAGGAUAUCCUCCAGCGAACAGGAAAGGAAAAUAUGUUUGAACUUGGAAUCAUUGCCAUGAAUAUGAAGGGAGAAGUUGGAGCUGCUUCGUCAAUGUCAUUCCCAUAUUGCAUCUGGUCUCAGGGAAAGGAUGUGGUAGAACAAUUGGUGCAUGAAGCCUAACAACUUUGCACAAAUCAAGGGAAAAUCAUUUAUCUCACUCACCAUUCAGAUUCAGAACCAUUUCUAUUCUAUUUUAGUCCUUAAUUUUCUAACUCUACUUUCAUUUCCCUGUUAACAUAUGUAAAGUAUAUUCAGAGAUGACUCUUCCAAGAGGUCGUCAUUCAGGCACACAAAGUAAGAGAUUCAGCCUUUGCUCAAGCAAUGUGUCUGUGAGGACCAAACAAGAGAAUAAAUGAAAAUGUGUAAUCACCACCCAUCUUUUUUUUAUGGCAGCUGUGUUGGGAGGGUGCAGUGUGUGCACAUUCCCUUCUGUGUGUGAGCCUGAUGAACCCUCCACCCAGCCACCAGCUCCAACAAGAAAGCUGCCAUUUGCACCAAGGGCAAUUUCCCUCCCAGGACAAAUAACAGACUCCGUAUUGAUGGGGCCACUAGAAACUGAUCAUGAUAGAUUUACGUUAUGCAAGGAAGAAGUGUUUGUGUGAGAGAGGAUAAGUCUAUAAACAUAUUCAGGAGGUUUUACUUCUUUUACUUGCAAAUUACGGCUAUACUCUAUAUCCCUAAUAAGGAUUUCUGUUACAAAAGAAAACAUAUUACUAUUAAAUAUUAAUUUGCAAGUGCAUUAAAACAUCCACAGACCUUAGUUUUCCAGUUUAUUAAAAAAAACUUUCAAGGAGGAAUGAAAGCUAGCAUUUGAUAAAACUGAUAGACUGCACACUUUAACCAAGAAGCCCUGUUGCUCUGCAAUUUUUAUUAUCAGUCUCAUAUAUCUUCACUGUAAUAUCUGUUUUUUCCUGGACAUUUAACUAAGCCAAGGUAUUUAAACAUCAAGAAUGCCCCACUCCUCACCCUUACCCAAGACUUGGAAAUGUCUUUUUAAUUUCUUUAAUGUCUGUUCAAUCCCAAAUUGAGGGAUUCAAGGUAAAUUCUUAAUUGACAAAUGCAGAGCUCUGAGGGAAAACAUUUGAUUCAUGAAGCAGUACAGUCACUGGAAAACACAAAAUUAUCUACACUUCUGAGUCCCAUCCACUGCAUUUUCACUGGAUUGCCAUUUUUGGCCAUCUAGCAACACCUCAAACUAGGAGGAAAGGAGGCUGCAGUGGUUUGAGAAUACUUCUCCCUAUCCCCCUCCCCAAACUGUCCUCUUCCCCUCUCUUUGGCCACGUUCCUCUUCUUGGACAGUAACCACCUGUGGAGGAGAAGGGGCAGGACUCCAGUUCUGAGCUCAGUUUGCUCCCCUGGCUAUCUUGUGACCCACUGAUAACAUCCAGGGGCUGUACAGCUGUUCCCAUAAGCUUUUCUUCCUCACUUUUCCCAUUUUACACUAGCACCUGCAGUGUUCAGCCCCAUGUCAAUAUCCUUCAAGUUAUUUCAUUAUGUUCAGGUCUUCAGUGCUGCCUAGGGUCUUCCACAUUUCCUUAUCUGGUAACUUCUCCACCUCAAUCUUUUCAAUUUCCUGGAUUUAUCUAGCUGUUGAUCCAAGCACAAUUGGAUUAAUCUAAUCAAUUUCUCCAUUCUUGAUCAAGUGUGUAUGUCUAUGACAUGUAUAUUUUGUAAUAAAAUUUACAUUCUUUGAUUCAAGU